AUGGGUGGGAGUUGUUUAGGAUUCAUCAUCAUCCGUCAUGCCACUUCCAGCUCGUUCAGAUUCAUGUCAGCUCUUCCUCCAUCUGCCAUAAUGCUUACUGGGAACCAGCAGCCAACAGUCGUCAAUCUGCGAGAUAAUAAUAGGUCGUACGAGACGCGGCUUGUACGGCUAAAGUAGACGACUUUGGCCCUUCUCACUCUCUAGUGCCAAUGAUUAUUAUCGCCGCGGAAAACUUUGUGCAGCAAGCAGCAGGUCCAUUGGUCCUCUCUGAAUACCACCGCUGGACCAGUCGCAAGUCGAGCACUGCACCAUUCAAUUGCAGUCUCUCCGGUGCCGGACCCGCCGAAAGCAUGAGUGUCAUGCGAAAGUAA